AUGAAACCUUGUUAAACACCUACAUCAUGUCAUUCUCGUAAGGGGAGUUUAAAGGUUUAACGUUAACCUCUUUAAGUGAUUAACAAUUGUCCAGAAUUUCAAUCAUGCACUAAUUAUUUAUAAGAUAAGGUUUAAGGAUUAGAAUAGAGAGUCAAGAAUCUUAAUAGUUAACAUGCAGAUAGAUCAGAUGUUAAAUCAAAAAUAGAUAUUGCUUUUUCACCUUUUAUGAAUGAAAAGAGAAAUUGGUAAGGUAAUUAAAAGAUUGAUUAGCAAAGUUAUUAUGAGACUAUUAUAAAUAAACGACUAGAAAAUAUUAGUAAAAUUGAUCAUUCUCCUAAACAUGUAAAAACUGAUUAACCAAUUUUAAACAAAUAUUCUACUCAUAGUUAAUUUUCUAAUCUUGCUCAAUAUCAAAAUAAACUUCAUAGCAACUCCAUCUUAAGGAUAUAGCAAUUAUCUAAAAAGUUAAGAAAAUUUAAAAUGAUAAAAGAUUAAAAUUAAGAUGAAUGUGCACCAUCUCUUGCUAAAAUUAAAUGUUUUUGUCAAGAACACUGCAAUGAUUGUUUCGAUUUUUAUAGAAGUACAGAUUUAGUCACAUUAAAAUACUUCAUAUAUCUGCUAUUAUAAGAAAUUAAUACUCUUUUUAAUUAAGAUGCUAUCAAAAUGGCAGAUAAUUCCAUCCAAUAUUAAUAACAAAUUGAAAUGCUCUAAGAAUAACUAUAACUAUAAAAAACUGAUUAAAUGACACUUUAAAAUUAACUAACCUUAUAAAAGAUGGUUGUAGAAACUUAAAAUUUAAUUUAAGAUAUUAUUAAUGCACUCUAAUCUAAAUCAAAUCAUAGUUUAUUAAUAAAUUAAGCUGAAAUCUUAAACAAUUAAAUGAAAGCUUUCAAAGAAAAUAUGUCUAAAAAUCAACAUCUGAAUAAUAUCUCUCAUAAUGUAACAUCUUUUGGAUAAUAACUUGCAAAAUGUGGAUUAGAUAAACAUUAUCAAAAUGGAAUAACUAAUGACAGUUAUUUUAUUAAUUAAUCUAAUUAUUAGACUUAAACUAUUGAUGAUAGAAAUUAAUCCUACUUAAGUUCUAAAUCAAAAUCACCAUAUUCAAUUAAAUUAAAAGAUUAUAAUCUUAAUUAUGAACUUGAAUAAAAAAAUGAAGUCAAUAAAAAAUUAUUAGACGAAUAAACUAUUGUUAAUAGAUAACUAAUGGAGAAGAUAUUCAAAUUAUAAGCAGAAAUAUAAUCAACUGAUUCUCAUGUGAUUCAACUUAAAAAUGAAAUUUAGGAAAAAAAUUAAUAAAUUAAAGAACUAGAAAAUAAUAUAAAUUCUCAAAAUUCUACUACCUAUAAAAAGCUGAAUCAAAGAAUUAUUGAAAUUAACACUAAUUUAGAUUAGAUGUAAAUAUAAAAUUAAAAAUUAAUUAAUGAAAAUAAUUUCUUGAGUCAGAAAUAUGAUGAGAUCAAAAAGAUUGAGCAAGAUUUUUAUGAAUUGUAAUAAGAUAACAAUUUAUAGUUUUAAUAAUUAAAUGCAAUUUUAUAGGAAAACUCUGAUCUACAAAAAAUAAAUUAAUAAAUUGAAGUAAUACAUAUUAUUAAAUAGGCCGAAUGCUAGGAAUAUUAAUAGUAAAUAUUAAAAUUAUAAGAAAAAUGUUAAACUAAAUAUGCCUAUUUUCAAAAUCAACAUGAUACUGAUUAUUUAGAGGAUUAAAUCAAAGAAUUAUAAAUUUAAAACUCAGAAUAAAGUAAAAUAAUUGUAAAAUUUUAUCCAAUCUCUAGACUCUCAUUACAGAUGAAGCAUUAUAUUUAGGUUAGAUGACACUUUAAGCUUGUGACAUAAUAUCUAAACAAUAUACUGAGAAUUUACCGAUUGCAAUUUUGAUGCUUUAAAAAGAAUUAAAUUCAAAGAAAUGUAAUAUAUAAUAGAAAAUGAAUAUUCUCCAAUAAUUUGGAUAAAAUAUGAAGGCAUAACAAAGCUUGGCUCAUAAUUAUUAUUAAAAUUCAGAGAGUACAAACUUUUUGGAUAAUUUACAAAGUGAUUCAUUAUCUCUUAGGUAAAAAAAUGUUAGUUCUUAAGAUGAAACCUAAACAACUGUAAAUUAGAAUAAUUAAUAACAUGAGUUAAUGAAUAUGUUAGUACUAUAAUGCAACAUUAUUGAAAAAAUGAUGGAAUUGUGA